CGUACAGCAUAGCUAAAAUUUUUGCUAAAUUUUUUGUGUCAUUUAACACAAAUUUCACAGCCACCAUGCACGAGGCGGCGCGAAGGCCUCGCUAGCUCCAAGGUCCGCCCUGAUAAGCCCGGCUGAUGGCGCAGAGAGACAUGCCCGGCACGAGGGUGUGCGUGGUGGGGGCGGGCGCGGCCGGCCUGUGCGCGGCGCGGCACCUGGCCGAGACCCCGGGCCGGUUCGUGUUCGCCGUGUUCGAGCAGACCGCCGAGGUGGGCGGCACCUGGAUCUACACGGACCACACCGGCUGCGACGACUGCGGCCUGCCGAUACACUCGAGCAUGUACCGCGACUUGAGGACAAAUCUCCCAAAAGAAAUAAUGGCAUUUAAUGAUUAUAAGUUUGAAGAUUCACCUGACUCAUUUUUGCAUCACAGUGAUGUAUUGAAGUACUUGAAAAGUUAUUGUGAACAUUUUGCUCUGUACCAAUUUAUUAAGUUUCGCACGCACGUGAAGGAAGUCAGGCCGGUUGAUAGAAACGGCGAACAGGCGUGGAGGGUAGCGGUCGAGGACUCUGCAACGAAGGAAGAGAAGGUGGAGGAGUUUGACGCAGUCAUUGUGUGCAACGGGCAUUUUUGCACACCGUACAUCCCAAGUAUCCCAGGCAUUGAAGAUUUCAAAGGUGUUCCAAUACACAGCCAUGUCUACCGCAACCCUGAAAUAUACAAAGAGCGGACUGUCAUAAUACUUGGUGCAAAUUCAUCAGGGGUCGAUAUAUGCCUGGAAGUGUCAAAAUAUGCCAAGCUGGUGUACCUGAGCCACAACCUGCCCCCGCUGGGAGUGAAGGCCGACGGCGUGGCCCAGGCAUCGUUCCCCAGCAAGACCGAAGCACGGAAGCUCGACAAAGCACUGCCCUGCAACAUAACGCAGGUCGCCGGCAUCGAGAGUUUCUCCGGAGGUGCGUUCGUCCUGCGAGACGGGACCAAGUGCCAUGCUGACGAUUUGAUUUUCUGCACAGGUUAUGAAUACGCUUUUCCAUUCCUGCAUCCAAGCUGUGGAGUUGUUGUGAAGGACAAGAUGGUGUCACCGUUGUACCAACACCUGAUACACAUAGACUUCCCGACUCUAUGCUUCGUUGGACUUCCGAUGUCCGUGAUACCGUUCCGCGUGUUUGAAUACCAGGUGACGUUCUUCCUGAAGACGCUGGAGAAGAGCGUGGCGCUGCCCAGCAAGGAGGACAUGCGCGCUGACACGGAGCGCGAGCUGCGGGACCGGCUGGCCAGGGGCAUCCCGACGAGGCACUUCCACCGGCUGGGCGACGGGCAGUGGGCGUACCUGGAGCAGCUGGCCCGCUGGGCGGGCUGCCCCCCGCUGCCGCCCGUCGUCCGCAAGAUCUACGAGAAGACGGGGGAGCUGCGCCGGGGCAACCUGCUGUGCUACAAGGAGCACAAGUUCGCCAUCACCGGGGACGACAGCUACGAGGUCUGGCGGUGAGCCCGUCGGACUACCCCACCGCCCCUUUCUAGAUGCGUGCGGUAUUUCAUUCAGGCGAAAGAUGGUGCUAACAAAUGCAGAUAUAUUAUUGUAUUUUACAAUAUAUUUUUAUAGCUGAACCUUAAACAUGUACAUUGAAGUAAAAAAAAUUUAUACUCUCA